UUUUUUUCUCUGCAUUUUAAUUAAUUUAAACGAUACAAUUUCGAGUUUGAUUCAUUAUGGAUAUUGUAAAAUCAGCACGAGUGCCUGUAAAUAGUUUGGCAAGCAUUGGAAAUUCACCAAAUGAUGAAAUCAAGCAGUUUCUCAACUCAUUCACAAAUGUUUUAAUUUCCUUGAAAAUAUCAAAGCACAAAUUCUUCAAGGACAUUCACCAGAAUUGCCAUUUCUUAGAAAACUUAUUAAAAUCAUUUUCUUUGGAAGCAACACCAUCGAUAAUUGUACACUUAGUUCUCUUACUAAAUUACUUGUCUAAGACUUCAAGUUCAACGAUCCUUAAUUCAAUGCAAUUUCAUUUUGCAAACAUUGAAACUAUUCAAGCAUUGCUAGCUGUCGUCGAUGCAAGUGCAAUUAAAAUACUUAUGAAUAAUAAUAAUUUUGCAUCCAACUGUGCAAAUGAAGUAAUUAAUGAUCGACUAAAAGAGAUUGAACAUUUAAAGGCUAGAUUGAAAAAUUUCUCAUUAACCGACUGUGAAUCAAUUAAUUCAUCAAUAUGUACAGAAAUCCAUAAAAUAAAAAGCUUCAAUUCCGAAAGUAACAACGAGAAGUCAUUACAAAUUAAUAAGAAACAAAGAGCAAUCAAAUGCAGGAAGAAUGUUGCAUCAGUAUUAAGAACUGGCGCAAUCAUGACAAAGAAAAUGAAAUUUAAUGAUGCAAUUGUGGAGAAAAUUAUUGCCGGUGGUAACAAUCCGUUUACGUUCGAGUCAAAUGUCAAGAAAAUCAUUAAAAUGGCACACGAUGAAGAAGUAAAUGAGAUUGAGCGUCGUCAUUUGCUGGGCAUGAUUAGCAAUGAAGAAGCGAAAAUUGCAAAAAUAGACGCAAUUAAAUGCAAACAAAAAGCAGCAAAUGAGCUAAAAAGGGAGAAAAGGCAUUUGCGGAAUCUAAUGAAUGAGGAAUUUGAGAGAAGUGUGUCAAAGUCUAAAGUCAUUGUACGAAAAACUCAUUUGAAUCGAUUAAUUCUAAAACGGAAGAAAUUCGAUGUGAUUUUCAAGAAAAAAAUUAAUGCUGAUGAAGUCAAGAAGAUUCACGAAAAAUUACAGCAUGAAAUUGAGGCAAUAAAGAAGACAGAGAUGGAGAGAAAAAUUAAAUUAAUUCAAAAGAUAAAAAUUCUAGAAAAGAGAAAAAAUCUGAAGGGAAAAUCGUCAAAUGAAUGCCUGAAAAUGUCAAUAGAUGAGCUGCGAGCAUCAAUAGUAAAACUACAGCAACAGAUAAAUCAUGAAAGAGAAAAUCGUCAGAAAAGAAUUCACGAAGAGCACAAUCGACAUAAACAGCUGAUACAAAAUACAGAAACGUUGAUUGAAAUUGGCCGUAAGCUUUAUCGUCAUCGCGAUCAAAUGAAAAAUGAAAAGGUUAAACGGCAUGCAAAUGUUGCGACUGCUCCAAAUCUCCUGAAGUUACGUGAGAAACUAAUUCAGGCGCGCAAAAUUGUCUCUGAUUCUAUAAAACUAUAAAUUUAUUGUCAUUCUGGAUAUAUUUUCUUUUUUUUUUGUCGAUCAUCCUCGAUGACUUUUGAGACACAAAAAAUUUAAAUAAAAAUUCAAUAAAAAUAA